CAUACCACGCGUGAGCUGCUGAGGAACCACUCAGGUGGUGGUACCGCCAGCGUACCAUCCGGACUGCGCCAACUAUUACCUGCCUGGGUAUAAAUACGUGUUGGGAUCUCCGGGCUGGUACUAAUAAGGCCUACUUACACACCACGCACUGGAUUCCCGACCUGUGGCCUCAGCGCCUAUUCAGACUUGAACGCCAAACAAAACAUCUAUUCCAGAUUCCCAGUUGCCCCGUGGUCGGCCACUCAUCUUACGCCAUGAGCAGCCAAUCCACUCUUGCAGGCACGCUGGAGGGGGCAGAGAAGACUCACCACCCGCAAGUUGUCUUCCCCGCCGGAAACCCGGACUUCCGGGCUGCGCGAAACCGGUGUGCUCGCGCAUGCCGGGAAUUUAAUCAGACGCCCGACGAUGCGGACCCGGAGGAGCGGGCCCAGAAGUGGCUCGACAUCGUGCGGCCUGACCGUGACCGCAGCGAGGACUGCCUGCUAGCGGUUACGCAUGACCAGACCUUUACUAACCCGGCGCUGAAGGCCAAGACGCCGUUUGUCAAGCCGCCCGUGUACAUCGACUACGGCAUCCGGCUGCACGUGGGCGGUUCCACCUUCAUCAACCGGAACUGCGUGAUCAUGGACACGCCCGUGGCCGACGUGGUGAUCGGCGAGGGUUGCAAUAUUGGCACCAACUGUAGCAUCGUCGGCGUUACUCAUCCCCUGCGGCUCGACGAGCGCCUCCAGAGGCACAGCAUCGGCCAGCCAGUCACAAUCGGCAACAACGUCUGGAUCGGAGCCAACGUCACCAUCUUUUUGAAUAUGUCGUUGGUCCAUACCUACCCUACCAAGUGCAGUGUUACGCAGCACAGCAGCUAAGCACCACAUACCGUGUCACACACCCCCACCUCCAUUCCCUCACCCGUCCUUUUUUUCUCCCCGGCAACCCUCGCAUAGUAGUAGUAACUAGGAGUAUUAACGCAUGAUCCCCUUCCUCUCUCCCCUACAGCGGCGGCGUCACAAUCGGCGACGGCGCCGUGAUAGGCGCCUGCAGCCUGGUCAACCGCGACGUGCCGCCCAUGAGCGU